GGCGCAGGCGCGGCGGCCCCGGCCCUGCCCCGGCCCCGGUCCCGGUCCCGGCUGCGGCGGAGGCAUCGCCAGCGGAGGAGCAGCAGCGGCAGCGGGAUGGCGGCGCCGCUGAGCGACGGGGAGCGUCGGAAACAGAUCAGCGUGCGGGGCAUCGCGGGGCUGGGCGACGUGGCMGAGGUGCGCAAGAGUUUCAAUCGCCACCUCCACUUCACCCUCGUCAAGGACCGCAACGUCGCCACCCCCCGCGAUUAUUACUUCGCGCUGGCCCACACGGUGCGCGACCACCUGGUGGGCCGCUGGAUCCGCACGCAGCAGCACUACUACGAGCGGGACCCUAAGCGCAUUUAUUACCUGUCCCUGGAGUUCUACAUGGGUCGCACUCUGCAGAACACCAUGGUGAACCUGGGCCUGCAGAAUGCUUGUGAUGAAGCCAUUUACCAGCUGGGUUURGACUUGGAGGAGCUGGAAGAAAUUGAAGAAGAUGCUGGGCUGGGAAAUGGAGGCCUGGGCCGGCUGGCAGCCUGUUUCCUGGACUCCAUGGCCACACUGGGGCUGGCAGCGUAUGGUUACGGCAUCCGCUACGAGUUUGGGAUCUUCAACCAGAAGAUUGUCGAUGGCUGGCAGGUGGAGGAGGCAGACGAUUGGCUCCGCUACGGCAAUCCCUGGGAGAAAGCCCGGCCCGAGUACAUGAUCCCAGUGCACUUCUACGGCCGUGUGGAGCACACCCCUGAUGGAGUGAARUGGAUUGACACCCAGGUUGUCCUUGCCAUGCCUUACGACACCCCAGUGCCUGGAUACAAGAACAACACWGUGAACACCAUGAGACUCUGGUCUGCCAAAGCACCCAAUGACUUCAACCUCCAGGAGUUCAAUAUGGGUGACUACAUCGAGGCAGUGCUGGACAGAAACCUGGCAGAAAACAUAUCCAGAGUCCUGUACCCAAAUGAUAACUUCUUCGAAGGCAAAGAGCUGCGGCUGAAGCAGGAAUACUUCGUGGUGGCUGCCACCCUCCAGGACAUCAUCCGCCGCUUCAAGUCCUCCAAAUUUGGCUGCCGAGACCCUGUGAGAACGUGCUUUGAAACCUUCCCAGACAAGGUGGCUAUUCAGCUCAAUGACACCCACCCUGCCCUGUCCAUCCCAGAGCUCAUGCGGAUCCUGGUGGACGUGGAGAAAGUGGAUUGGGACAAGGCCUGGGAGAUCACAAAAAAGACCUGUGCCUACACCAACCACACSGUGCUGCCCGAAGCCCUGGAGCGCUGGCCAGUCUCCAUGUUUGAGAAGCUGCUCCCACGGCACCUGGAGAUCAUUUAUGCCCUCAACCAAAUGCACCUCGAUCACGUGGCAGCUCUGUACCCGGGGGACAUUGACCGCCUGCGGAGGAUGUCGGUGAUCGAGGAGGGGGACUGCAAGCGCAUYAACAUGGCUCAUCUGUGCGUCAUCGGCUCCCACGCUGUCAACGGCGUGGCCCGCAUCCACUCYGACAUCGUCAAGAACUCCGUGUUCAAGGAUUUCCAUGAGCUGGAGCCAGAAAAGUUUCAGAACAAGACCAAUGGGAUCACACCGAGGCGCUGGCUCCUGCUGUGCAACCCAGGACUGGCUGAAAUUAUUGCUGAGAAAAUCGGGGAAGGCUUUAUCACAGAUCUGAGCCAGCUGAAGAAGCUGCUGGAUUUCAUCGAUAAUGAGACUUUUAUCAGGGAUGUGGCAAAAGUCAAGCAGGAGAACAAGCUGAAGUUUGCAGCCUACCUGGAGGAGCAGUACAAGGUGAAGAUCAACCCCCAGUCCAUGUUUGAUGUUCAGGUGAAGCGAAUCCACGAGUACAAGCGACAGCUGCUSAACUGCCUGCACGCCAUCACCCUCUACAACCGCAUCAGAUGUAAUCCAUCCAAAWCCUUUGUGCCCAGGACCAUCAUGAUUGGAGGAAAGGCGGCCCCUGGCUACCACAUGGCCAAGAUGAUCAUCAAACUCAUCACAUCCAUCGGUGAGGUCAUCAACAACGACCCCUAUGUGGGCGACAAGCUCAAGGUCAUYUUCCUGGAGAACUACCGGGURUCCUUGGCUGAGAAGGUGAUCCCAGCAGCGGAUCUCUCCCAGCAGAUCUCCACAGCUGGCACGGAGGCCUCAGGUACUGGCAACAUGAAGUUCAUGGUGAAUGGGGCCCUCACCAUUGGAACCAUGGACGGGGCCAACGUGGAGAUGGCUGAGGAGGCGGGUGAAGAAAACCUCUUCAUCUUUGGCAUGCGGGUGGAGGACGUGGAGGCCAUGGAUCGGAAAGGGUACAAUGCCCGCGAGUUCUACGAGAGCCUGCCCGAGCUGCGCCAGGCCAUCGACCAGAUCAGCAGCGGCUUCUUCUCCCCUCGAGACCCCGGCUGCUUCAAGGAUGUGGUGAACAUGCUCAUGUACCACGACAGGUUUAAGGUGUUUGCAGACUACGAGGCCUACAUUAAGUGCCAAGGCCAAGUGGACCAGCUGUUCAUGGAUCCCCGYGAGUGGACGAGGAAAGUCAUCAGGAACAUCGCGUGCUCGGGCAAGUUCUCCAGUGACAGAACCAUCACUGAGUACGCCCGGGAGAUCUGGGGGGUGGAGCCWUCUGCCACAGCCAUCCCCCCACCCAACCUGCCCCGGAAUUGAUGCAAGCACCAAGGGAAGGAAGGAGGGAUACGCUCCCAGCCCAGGAGGCCUCACCUGUGUUUCACCAUCAGUCAGAUGGGCUCAGCUCUGCAGAACCAAGGCCUUUCCCUCAGAGGGGCAGAAGGAUGCUCUGAGGAGGAGCCCUGACUGAGGAUCAGGAGCUGGGGGACAGGAGAAAGGACCUUGUGUUUGCAGCCACCUCGCCUGCAUGUGCUGCAUAGUGCUUUUAGUGAGAUGACCAUGGAUCAGCCUUCCAGGGCUGUGCUCCGUGCUUAACAAGGGCUUUCCAAGGAAACCCUCCCCUGCCCCCUGCAUGUGAGGGCCUGGCCUCCUUCACCCUGCCCCACAAAUAGGAUUAGCCAACACAGAGCCUGUCUUUCUCCUUCGGGAGAAGGAGGCAGGCCCAAAGCUGGGGAGGCAGAGGCCACUCCCUGCCCAUCCCUUCAGCCAGCAUCACCUAAAGAAGGGGGGACAGGCACCCACAUCAAACACUGUGCCACAAGGAGAGCCUGGGAUCGGCCACUUCCUUGCCCCAGAGCUUACUGUAGCCUCCUGCCACACCUCUUGCCUAACGCCAGGCCCAGUAACCAAGCCACUCCAGGGAUUUUUAGCCUCUGUGUCUGCAGAGGGAGGGCUGCACCUGGCACUGCCAGGCUCUUGGCUCAGCAGGUACAGCCGUGUGCUGGGUGCUGCCCAGGGGAUGAACACGGAUCACAUCUCUGGAUCCUCUGUAGCAGGGUCAUGCUGCUCCACCCGUCCCUCCCAGUGCUGGGGUCACUCUUUAACACCUGUAGUGCUGUGUAGUGCACCAGUACUGCCCUGUUUGACACCAACUCAUUAAAACAACCCCAACACCUGCUGGUUUGACUUUGGACUGACUUAUGACUACUCCACGCCUCUGGGUUCAGGUGGCAACACGUUCAGGCCACAAUACCUGAAUCACUGCUGUCCUUCCCAACUGUGGCGUUGUGGUCCCCUGCAGCUGGCAGGGUGCUGGCACUAGCUUGGGAGGAACCACAUGCCCCUGUCAGGCUGAUUUUAUGCCCAGGGGUGGAGGUUACUGUGUUGGGUUUGCCCUACAAAUGGACAACAGCACUCACACAGGCUCCCAUCUCCCCCAUUCCCAGGGGAGAAGCAGAGCCUCAUCCCAAGCUGCAGCAGCCACAAAGAUCACUUCCCACACACAACCCUCCUGCAGCUCUACCCCACUCCCAGCUGACCUGCUCAUUAGGGGAAAACAUCCCAAAAACUGCCAGGUAAAACUGGUAAAGCUAAAGUGAUCAGCAGUCAAUGCCUUUAUUAAAACUACACCACUUUUAGAUAAACAUUUCAGUUUAAAUUUCCAAGCAUAUUACUGCCCUGCUAACAUGAACAGURGUGCUGGGAUCACCAACACCAGCAGUUCUCGUGCUGGAUUCCCAGCUCUGUCCCACCAGGAGAAAGGCAGCCAGCCAGGCCCCAGCUCAGGCUGUGCUUUGCCCCAAGCCAGCUGCCAGCAGCAGCAUUCACUGGAAUGUGUGUGUUACUCUCCAGMGCCAGGUAAGUAUUUCUCAUCUGUCAGUGCAAUAAAUUACAGUUGAUGCACUUGUAUUGAAGUGGCACAGCUACUUUAUGAGUAUCAGGGGUCAGAAACCUCAGGGACAACCACGCUAAUGGCAGAAGAAUCUUGGUACARGAACAAGCUACUGUCUCUUUUGCAACUAGUAUGAGCCUGCAGCUAUAACUCUGAUGCAUGCUGAGCAGUUUAUACUAUGCUGUACACCCCUGACCAGACCUUUGGGGCAGCACAAUUCCUUUUGAGCACUACUGACUAAACCUACAGCACCUGGUACUGUCUGUAGGGACUGACAGAGGAGCAGGCCCUGCUGAGGCAGGGUGGGACUGACUCCCRUCUCAGUGCAGAGCUCUUCAGUGGCAUAAACCAGCCCCUCUUCUAGCCCCAAGCAGGGUAAGGGCAUCCCCAGAACCUCUCCCUGGGGGAAAGGCUCAUUUCCAUUUCUGCCUCCUGGACAGUGGCUGUCAGACGAGCUAAGACAGAGGGCUGGAGAGGGAGAGAUGGGGAGCGACACCCCGGACUGACUUUUGCAU